UGAAAAUGGAGUUCCCGCCAAUAAAAGAAAAACAAAAAUGUUGAAAUAUAAGCUUGAAACCCUAGAACACUCCCCAAUUCACAAAAUGAAGGCAAACCAGAGGCGAAAAUCCACCCAAAGCGAACCAGUUAUGUCAAAUCCAAACCCUAAACCACACGUCAAUCACAUCAGCGGCAUACCGAUCGAGUUUCCGUACCCGCCAUACGGCUCUCAACUGGCUUACAUGAGCAGAGUCAUCACAACACUCGAUCGAGCGCAACGAGACGGUCAUUUUCACGCCCUACUUGAAUCGCCUACUGGUACCGGCAAGUCAUUGUCUCUGCUUUGCUCGGUUCUUGCGUGGCAGAAGAAUCACCGCUCAAAGUCUCUGUACGGCAACAUAUCUCACUCAAAACCUGAUCCGGAGGCUCUCAUUGACCCGCUCGGUCACGGCGGGGGGUUUGUUCCUGAAAUGGAGCAACCGUCAGCUAACGUGAUGCCUACUCUUUCUGAGACGAACAAUGGGAAGCAGAAGAAAAAAAGAGGCGUUGUCAUCUACUAUGCCACGAGGACACAUUCACAGAUUAGUCAAGUGAUCGGUGAAUUUCGGAAAACAAGCUAUCAUGUGCCUAUGGGAGUUUUGGGAUCUAGAAAACGCUACUGUACAAACCCUAAAGUUCGUGAUCAAGAUAAUAUUGAUGAGAAAUGUAAGCUACUUCUCAAGGAGAAUAAACAAAAGAAAGCUGGUUGCAGAGAAUUUAUGAACGCGCAGAAGAUCCGAGCUCACCCAUCUGUCAAGAAAGGAGGCUGCUAUGAAGUCCAUGAUAUUGAAGAUCUUAUUAAAGUUGGGGAAAUGGUACAAGGGUGCUCGUAUUUUGGAGCACAAGCCAUGGCAGAAGUGGCAGAUAUAGUUUUUUGUCCAUACAGCUAUAUUGUCAAUCCACAAAUCCGAAAAGCGAUGGAAAUAAAUGUUAAAGGAAAUAUUAUUAUUCUUGAUGAAGCUCAUAAUAUAGAGGACAUAGCUCGGGAGGCUGGUAGUAUAAACGUGGAAGAAGGUGUUCUAUUUCAAUUACAGAAGGAACUGGAAAAUCUUUGUCAAAGUGACCAGGAGAUUUAUCAGCCCUUAUAUGAAAUGAUAGAGGGUAUUAUGAGUUGGAUCAGCCUGAGGAAAAAUUCCCUCGGGAAGCAUAGUUUUCAACAUAAAGCCUCAUGUUGGGGUGCUGAUAAAGCUGUAAAAGAACUUCAAGAAGCAAACAUAUCAAUGCAGUGCUUUCCAAGUUUACAAGAUUGUGCCACAAAGGCAAUCAAAAUAGCAACAGAUGCAGACCCAGAAGUUGCUCAUUUAAGCGGCAUGCCCUGCACGGUAUUAGAAGGCCUCUUCUCUUCGCUUACCUACUUUUUUUCUGAAGAUGGGAAGCACAUAUGCGACUAUCAGCUUGUAUUGCAGUGUCAUAUCAACAGUGAUGAUGGACUUGCUGGUGAUGAGUGGCCCUGUACAUUCAGUUUAUGGUGCUUGAAUCCAGCCCUCGUGUUCAAGAACAUGGCUGAUAGUGCUCUUUCAGUGAUUUUAACAUCUGGGACUUUGUCACCAAUGAGUUCCUUCCAGUCGGAACUUGGGGUUCAGUUCGGAACCUCUCUUGAGGCUCCGCAUGUAAUUAAUGUGGACUCACAGCUAUGGGCUGGUGUGAUCCACCAAGGGCCAGAUAAUUACCCGUUGAAUGCAAGCUACAAAACAUCAGAAGCUUACGGUUUUCAGGAUGCACUUGGUACAUCUCUGGAAGAAAUCUGCAAAGUAGUUCCUGGUGGGUGCUUAGUUUUUUUCCCAAGCUAUAAGCUUAUGGACAAAUUACGCAGUCGCUGGUUCCAAACAGGUCAAUGGUCUCGCCUAAAUGCACAGAAACCCGUUUUUGUUGAGCCAAGAGGAGGGCAGGAUGACUUUGAGCAUGUUCUGAAAGAUUAUUAUGAUACAAUUCGUAACGGAAAGAAAUCUACGACUGGGAGGAGAAGGGGUAAAAAGUGGGAUACAAAUAGUUGUAAUGCAACAAAGUGCAAAGGGAACUCAAAGGGAGCUACAUUUCUUGCUGUUUGUCGAGGAAAGGUCUCAGAAGGAAUUGACUUCUCGGAUGACAAUGCUCGAACGGUUAUAAUUGUGGGGAUUCCUUUUCCAAAUGUGUUUGAUAUCCAAGUAGCAGAAAAGAAGAAAUACAAUGAUACAUUUAAAUCGUCUAAAAGUCUUCUUAGUGGAAGUGAAUGGUACUGUCAGCAAGCUUUUCGAGCUCUUAAUCAGGCAGCAGGCCGUUGUAUCCGACACAGGUUCGACUAUGGAGCCAUAAUCUUCCUAGAUGAGCGUUUCCGCCAAGAAAAAAAUCUAACCUACAUUUCAAAGUGGAUAAGAAAAUCCAUCAGACAGCAUGACAAUUUUGACCAGUCAUUAGAGGGACUAAAGUCGUUUUUCAGAGACGUCAAGGUUGAGAAUAAUGGAAGUUCUAUGAAGCCGAUUGAUGUUACACCUAUUGAUGUUGAGGAGCCACGGAACUGGUUCACAGAUAUGAAGAACGGUAAAUCAACUAAGCCCAACCUGAAAGCACAAAGAUCUGUGUCAGAUGGUGUCACAGAACCAAAAAGUACAACUAAACCGAAGAAAUCCGCGGUUAUGACAAAAGAGUUUGACUGUUCAUCACCAACGCCAAUGAUUUCAUCACCUAAUGAUAUUGAGCUUACUGUUGUUAACGAAACCCCAAGAGAAAAUGACCAUGAGCCGAAGGAAACACUGAUUACGGAAACAACUCUUAAAUCUGCCUCUGAGGAUGAGCUGUCUAAUUCAACCAUAUUCCAUACGAAGUUUCCAGAUCAGCAAUUACCACAUUCCUUUUCUUCACCUUGUUCCACUUCUGCUUCUGGAAUCAUGCAUGCAUUCGUGACUCCUAACAGACAACACAUAUCUCAAAACGCAUCACCUUUACUAGAUACGAGUGUCAAUUCACGUUUUCAUAAAAGAAGAAAGCCUUCAGUAGUCAAAAUGGAACCCUUAGAUUCUCCAGAGACAUCAUCUACCACUUUUGGUGAUGUUAUGAAGAAAGACGUAAAAGUAUCUUGUUCAGUUUGUAAACAUCCGUUAGGUCUUGAGGUCAAUAAUUAUAUUGUUCCUUGUUCAAUAAUGUCACUAUCUAAAACACAUUUGGCAUCAAUUUGGAAAGGGGAGUUUGAGAAGCAAGUAAUGGGCCCCACAAGUGUACCUGUUGCGGUAACCGACAUUACGUCAGUUGAUACAAGAAUAUGGGACAGAAGUCCAGAACAAGGAAUAUGGAGUAAAGAAGACGGUUGUGUAUUUAAUAAAAUCUUUUGCACUUUCUGCAGUAAUCAAGAUAAUUGCCUUGGCUUGCGUGUUGUUGCAACCGAUUCAUCCAAUGUUCAUCUUCUAAAUAAGGCUAUCUUUUAUUCUGACAGACUGGAAAUCCAACAUAUCGAUCUAUCAAGGGAUAAGGAACACUCACCAUCUAGUGUUACAAGUGGGACUAAAAGUCUAGUACAGGAUCCGUUUGAGAAAUAUGCAUACGUACCUCCAGAAACCAAUUCAGGAGGCUGGCGAACGACAAAAUCAAAGAUGCGGCUACCAAGAAAAGUCUAAAUUUUAACAUUGAUGCCUAACAAAGUGUAAAUUUUAAACUGGUUUUCUCGACAACAAUGAUUGAUUUUGAGGAAGAUUGAAUUGAAUCUCAAGCGGGCCAAUUACACAUGAGUUGGGAAUCAAUGUUUAUUUUCAACUCUGGUGAUAUGUUUUUAGUUGUUUGUGUAAACUUUAGUUAAUUAUUGUUACUCUUUUGUUCCUUUAUUCACUAGCUUUUUCUCAUGUAAAUGAUUUAAGAAAAGUCUUUUCUAGUAAUCAUACAUUCUUUUAAAAAAGAGUAUUUUUAUAUACCACGUAUUAAAUAAUACAAUAUUUAACUUUUG